AUGUCUUCAGAAGACCAAAGCGCAGAGAAUCAAUCGUCGAGCUCGGCUACAAUCACUUCAGCUUUGAUCAAUCAAUUUAAAUCUUAUCUGGAUAGCAAAAUAGACAGCCUUUUGUCGGGCCUAAGUAUUGUGAAUUCAUCUCAAACUAAAAAGCUUGAAAGACAAGCAGAAGGCCGCGCCUUAAAAUUUCCCGGCAACAAAGAUCAGUUCCUGUUUAACGCAGAGGUGCACGAUUUGCUCGACGAAUCCGUUGUUUUGAUAAAGAAACAAGAUACAGAUUCAGCAUUGACCAAAAUAGAAGCAGCUGAGAAUCUUAUACUUCAAAGGCAGAAGAAGAUCAAAUUAGCCGAUAAGAGCGAAACUGGCUGGUUGGCUGUUAAAGAAUACGAGGCGGAGGAAUUAGCUAGCGAUUCAGACGACGAGAAAAGAAUAAAGAAAGCCCAGGAAUUAGCACUUAAGAAACGCAGAAAUAAUGCUAUUAAGAAAGACAAAGCAAGAAAAUCAUCUUAUCCGCCUUAUCAUGCGCUGAUGCUGAAAGCGGUUUUUUCGAGGUUCUAUUGCCCUUUCUUUGUUUCAAGUGGCAGGCGAGUGCUUGCACGUAGCCUGCCAUCAGUAUGUGUUUAA